CUUCCGGGUGUUGUCUGGCCGCCGCCGCCGCGCGUCCCGGGUCUCCGCGCUGCCGCCGCCUGGGUGUGUGGAGCCCCGAGCGACGUCACCGCCAUGGCUGGCAUCAAAGCUUUGAUCAGUUUGUCCUUUGGAGGAGCAGUCGGGCUGAUGUUCCUAAUGCUUGGAUGUGCCCUUCCAAUAUACAACCAAUAUUGGCCGCUGUUUGUUCUGUUUUUUUACAUCCUCUCACCGAUUCCAUACUGCAUAGCAAGAAGACUAGUGGAUGACACAGAUGCCAUGAGCAAUGCCUGUAAGGAACUGGCCAUAUUUCUCACAACAGGCAUUGUUGUCUCAGCUUUUGGACUUCCAAUUGUAUUUGCCAGAGCACAUCUGAUUGAGUGGGGAGCAUGUGCACUCGUUCUCACGGGAAACACGGUCAUCUUCGCAACGAUACUAGGCUUUUUCUUGGUAUUUGGAAGCAAUGAUGACUUCAGCUGGCAGCAGUGGUAAACACGAAGGAGUCACUGAGCUGUUGUCACACGGACUUCUCGUCAUGUCAGCGUCUGUGCACAGGAAAUGGGGCAGGAAUACUGAAACGUAGCAAGCCUCUGGGAGCGUCUAGGUGCUCCUGUCUCACUUUCAUCAUAUACCUGUUAUUUCCACAGAGAUUUGGGAAAGGAUUAAAAGGAUCUCUGUUUGGAAAGCUUGACAGAUUUCGUACUUAUCUAUAGUAUGCUUUUUUUGUGGUGUCCUACUGAGUCUAAAAUAUUUUAUGUUUUUUUUUUUCAGUUUUUUUUGUAAAUCAGUUUGCAAUGUUCAAUAUUUUUAAAAAUGUAAUCACCAUUUGCAUUGGUUUAGAAAUUCAGAAUUCUGACUGUAUUACUGGGCUAAAAGUAUAUGUUUUCUCUUAAAAUUAGUUAACCUCCAUUAUUAUAAAAAUAAUUUUCCAGUCAGUCAGGAUGACAUCACUCCAAGUUUUAUUCAGACCGUUGGCAUACCUUAUAAAUAAACUAUUUACUUAGUGCAAAUAUAGCUGCAUUUAUACCUCAGAGGGGCCAAGUAUCAUUGCACAUACCCUCUAUAAGGGUUGCUGGUUUUACUAGUAGACAGAUGUUUGUGAAUUGAAAAUUAUUUUAUGGAAUUGCUACCAAAAAAAGUGCUUUUCUUCCCAAUUGUUCAAGGAAUUUGUGUUAAACUUCAAGGUGUGGGUGUAAAGACAGAUUUUGACAUACUGUUUUUAUUUUUGUUAACUUUGAUGUAAGGAAGUGAGUUGCAGUGUGUGAAAGAGCAAGAGCCCCACUGUUUGAAUGCUACUCUGUUUCCAGGUGGGAGUUCGGGUCAGAUGGACACGCCCAGAACUGCUAUUAAUGGGGGAAAGUUGUAUGCUUGCACCAUAUGUACCAGAAGACCUCCCCCUGCUUCCUCCUAUUAACUUAUUUGUAAAUUGUAUAUAUUAAGUAAAAGGACUUGGCAAAUAUAGUUUAAUAACAUUUAGAAAUGUUUGAUGACUGGGAAAAUAAUUGCUAUGCCAUAUAUUAUGAGUGCUCCUCCCCAGCAAGGCCUGGCUGCAAUUUACAAGUUAGUCUUGCAGGGAACAUACAUUAAAAUUUUAAGACUUAGACCAUGGUAAGAGGUAUUCUAAGGUUAUAUGUAAUUUUAAAAUAUUUAAAACAAGUUUCCUGUAUAUGUCUUAAUUAUUUGGGGUGUGAUUUCAUCUUGAUAAAUCUACUAUUUCCUUAUAAAAGGUAUUUAUUGUAUGAAUUAAUGCAGAGUAGCCAAAUCCAGCUAUGUAGGAGCUUCAGAAACCUGUCCAAAAAAUUCCCAGUUACCAGGCAUGAUCAAAUUGUGGUGGUCUGCCAGGUGUGGUGGCGCACGCCUUUAAUCCCAGUACUCGGGAGGCAGAGGUAGGAGGAUCACCAUGAGUUCGAGGCCACCCUGAGACUACAUAGUGAAUUCCAGGUCAGCCUGGGCCACAGUGAGACCCUAUCUUGAAAAAAAAAAAAAAAUUGUGGUGGUCAUUUGCAUCUCAUGGUUAUCAAUACCUGUUUCAUGAGCUGGUUAUGAAAAUGUUUGAGUUGAUUUGACAUUAUUUUGCUAAGAAUAUUUGUAUGUUUAUUCAGUCUAUUUACAUAAAAUAUUAUUUUUGCCUUCAGUCAAAACUGAGUAAUCAUGACAACUAUCUUAUUUUGUAAAGGUUAUUUCUCAAGAAAAUGGUAACAAAUUUGGAUUUUGUUCAGUUUCUUACUAAAGAUGUCUAAGAGUGGGGGGUUUUAAAUUUUGUUUUACCUAAUCCAAUCCAAGUUUUAUUACUUUUGCCUGAAAUGGAAGCAGUGUGAAAUGUCUGUAUGUGGCUAUGCCAUUUAUGCAUCAGGCUGAAAAUGGCUUGUUGGAAAUUAAUGUUUAAGACUUGAAGAAGAAGAUAUGCAUAAUUGGGCAGCUGUUGAUACAGUUGCAACUCAGUGCCUGUGAGCUACUGGAUUGGGGGAGGGACAGGAAGUUCAUUCUGUGAUCCUUCUCUCUUUCCUGUUCCCUAACAGUCUCCGAACAGUGCACUAAUACGGUGUGUUCAUUUGGCCAUAGUCCCCUUUUCUAACUGCUGCAUAGUCUUUCUGUGUACUAUUUGCAUUGGCAACAUUGUGUCUUGGACCCUACACACUAGCUUGACAGUGCUAUCUGGUGUCUGAGCUAGUUACUUGAGAUGUGAAUUUUCCAUAAAAUAUGCACUGACACACAUUUGCCAUUCUUCUGUGAAAAGAAAGAAAACUUGAUGAUGGAACAAUAAAGAUUUAAAUAUUCA